GCCAACUUGAAGGGACAAAAACCCUCCCACCCAUUGUCAAUGUCUAGUGGAACUGUGCAAAGAGACCGAUAAUCACCCUACAACAAACCUCAGCAUCCACCAUGGCUGACAAACUGUCCAAGAAGGAGCUUGAACAACUCCACCACGUGUACAUGAUCUACGACUUGUCAGGGGAGGGUCAGAUGGACGCUGCGGACGCCGCCAACGCCAUUCGAGCCCUCAACAUGAAUCCUACUGUGGCUCUUGUCAACGGCCUCGGAGGUUCCAGCACCCGAGGGGAGAAGAAACUUCCGUUUGAAGACUUUGUCAACAUCUACAUUGGUGUGAAGAACGAUAAGGAUAUGGGUGUAUACGAGGACUUCAUUGAAUGUUUGAAACUGUACGACAAGUUAGAGAACGGCUACAUGCAACUUACAGAGCUCACUCACAUGCUUACAGCCCUAGGAGAGAAGCUGUCCAAUGACGAGUUGGACGAGUGUUACGAAGAUUGCAUGGACGAGGAGAAUGACGACGGUGAAAUACCCUACAUUCCUUUCUUGGCGCGGAUGUGUGAGAAGCCAGUUCCUAAGAACAUCAAACCUGAAUAGAUAAGUUGCAUUAUGUAGGGGUUGCUGGUAGACAACAACUGGCCGGAUACCAUCAUGGAAGGAAAGCUUACGUCAAGUUCUCAAAAUAUUUAUUUUAUAUAAAAAAUUGUGAAAUACAUGUAAAUAAUAUGUUUCAAAUAAAAACUAAUUAAAAGUUA